CUUCGCAUCAUUUGUUACUGCUCAUCAAUCUCUUGUCUCUGCAUGUUUCGCCGCAGCUAGAUCAAAUGGCACUUCAGCAAGGAAGCUCUUCUCGUCGCCAGACCCUUCCUCCCAGCCAGGUGGAUUGUAUCUGGUGGAAGAAGGGCUACUGCUAUCGGGGCACCAAAUGCUACUUCCGUCAUGACGCAGCUCUCGCGGGGAUUGACAAGGAUAAGGACAGCCCGCGGACUGCCAAAUCCACAGAACCAGGGGUAUCUCGAUGUCCAGAGCCCGCUUACCCCUCCACGGGACCCGCCCAGCCACGGGAAUCAUGUGCAAUCUGUCUGGAGGUGCCGGUCACUUAUGGGCUUCUGAUCCAUUGUGAUCAUGUUUUCUGCCUGGAUUGCAUUCGCAGCUGGCGCUCCUCCUCGAGCAACGAACAACCCGAAGACCCUGAUUACAUGACAGACCAAGCCGCGCUUUCGAAAACUACAAAGACUUGUCCGUUAUGCAGGAAAAAGAGUACCUUCAUCGUCCCAAGUUCCAUAUUUCCCACUCCGCCGAUUGCCGAUAGUUCGGCAAGCACACAAGAUAAGAAGCCUGCUAGCGGGCAAAACAACUUGGAAGGUGCGGAAGAAAUUAAGAACCCCGUUAAAGAGGAAAUCAUACAAGGCUAUCUCUCGAGAUUAAAGAAAAUACCCUGCCGAUACUUCAACGAGGAAGUUAGACGCUGGCGCGAAGCUAUAACUAGGUUUGAGACUGGGCACACAGCAUCUCAGCCCCUGCCCGAGUUGAGCUUCCAGCCACAAUGCUACUUUGCGAACGAGUGCCAUUACGCCCACACUGAUCCCCUCACGAACGAACCAUAUAUUUUUUCUCAACUUGAAAUUAGACGCAUGAAGCGCAAAAGAGCCGAGGAGAGGAAUCGACAGCUCAGAGCCCGAUUCCAUUAUGGACCUGCCGAACAGUUGGAAAUGUUGACACGCACCAUCGAAGCGUUUUCCUUCAACGACGAUGCCACAAGAGACUCGUCAUUCCCCAACGGAUCGGGGCAUUCUUUGUCUCCCUUUUCAGAACCUGAAGAUGAGUUGCAAGAGCUAGGUAUUAUGCUUUCAUUGUCAAGGCUAAGACCUAUCGGUCAUCCCGGGCCUGUUGACGACCCAUUCGAUUCCGAUUACGACGGUGUCCUUUUUAUGGACUCUGGUCUCGAUGACUGUGAUAGCGACUUUGAAGAUUAUGAAACUGUGGCCUAUUAGCUCGCCCUCGCAUCGAUGGCAUUGACAUUGAGUGGAAAACCUAAACUUUGAAUAACAACCCAAAUGUUCAUUUUCCUUAUUCACGUUGAUGGGGUUAAUUGGAGGAUGGAUAUGGGUCUUCGUUUAUGAAUCCAUGGUUUGCUUCAACGGCGUUUGUCGCGAUGGAGUUAUUUCUGGGUUAUACAUAUGUAACUAGGUAGUUCGCUUUUUCCUCUUUUUUUUCAGCACAGGAUGCUCACCAAUCUGAGAAUGUGAGUUUGCGGCCCUUAAUAGUUUAGAGAAGUUAAUGCUUACUGAUUGAAGAAAAACCAUCUCACUCCUGUCCAGAAGUGCACUAUCUCGAAGGCCAAAGCUCCUCGAAACUUAAAAGGAGACGGAGAUCCCAUUAAAAGGAUCGGCAGAUCACCAGCUUCAGGUUUCCCAGAAUCUCGGAGCAUGUCGCGCAGAGAGAAACAACUGAGAAAGCCCUUUCGACUAAAGGUGAGAGAAAUACUCUCGUUGCCGUGGCUCCAAUUCCGCUCGGGCGAUGGGUUGACCAGCCGGGCUGCGAUGUGAGAUGACAUGCCUUACAAUCUUCCAGGCAAAGGAGUUGACUCGAUCUUAUAUAUUAUCGGUGUACUUUGCUCAUCCAGCAGGCACCAGCUAGCCCGUUAAACUUGAGGAUAGCAAGGUCUUGCGGAUAUUUCACGAUAAAGUCUGCAUCCCGGAACUUAAUAUAAUGGCAGCGACUGCCUCCUUGUUUCUUUGCACUCGCAAUUCUUCCUCCAGCAACAGCUUCGAGCUCCAACUUAACCUAUGUAUACCCACUAGACAUAAAGCUUCAUAAACUCCCUAAACGUAUGCUUACUCUUGAUGUGAGAAGUUUCCAUGUUGCGAUCGCGAACUGAUAUCUGGUCAAGGAUGAAAGCUCGGGGAGGGUUAACUAUCUGCCGCAUCACGGAAUCCGAGGAGCGCGGCAGAUCAGCCUGGCGCGAAACGGAACAAAUGUAUAUGGAGGACAGAGAAACCUAGAGGAGGUGAUAUGCACCAAGGAAUGUGGCAAAUAGCAACUGAGGCGGGAUGAGUUUGAUCAGGAUUCUGAGUUCGUGCCCAACAGCGCGCUAAAUAGGCACCCAACGAUGUGGGUUGAGGCUGGCAUCCCACUGUAAAUCGGAGUA